UUCUAAACAACGGGCUAUUAUUUAACAUUAAUGAAGUAGUUCUUGUUUUAACGGUUACAUUUGUAGAUGAUAUUUUACCAUGAUAUGUUGCUGCUUGAUUUCACGGUCGUAAUAUAAUCAUUUUGAAAAUAUUUCCGUUCUUUUUUUGUCUAUUUUUUUUACCGUCGCCCAUUGUGACAAAAGCUAUAAUGAUAGCAAGGUCACUUUGGUGUGAAAAUGUUUGGAACACCAACUGGAAGAAAAAGAGCCCCAAGGCUGCAGAAAUUCUUAUGUACAUAUAAUUUUACCUUUGACUGUUUUUGACGACUAGUGGAUUGCAUGAGCUACAAGGGACAAAUAUCGUUAGGGAGUCUUUAAAAGAUAAUAUCUACUUGGUAAAGCCUUCGUAGGUAGUAUGUCAUUGUCUUUAAUUCUCAUCGUUGUUUUCGUGAAAUACAUCUUAGCAGAAAUAAAGCAUACUGCAGGGGGUAAUGAUUAUUGCAUCAUUGAUGGCCGUCCAUUCAGAAGUGGUGAACGCAUCCCUCGAAACCACGUGUGUCACAUAUGCUUGUGUCAUUUGGGAAAAGCUGAAUGCUCUUGGAUGAACUGUCCUCCUCCACCGGAAGGGUGCACAGAAUUUUCAGUUUCCAACUACUGUAAUCCUACACUAUAUAUAUGCUCAAUACCUGAACAUCUGAAGCAUACAAGGGAACGAAGAAGCGCUGAAAAUUUUUCUUCACAUCCUGACAAGCUUUUAAAGCAAUCGAAUAAAAGAAAAAGGUCUCUAGGUGAUUGUAAUGUUCUUGGAGUACCAUACAAAACUGGGGAUUUGAUGGGAGUAGCGAGCAGUUUUUGCAUGGAAUGUCGAUGUGGGAAACAGAACAUGUUUUGCAGUCCAAGGUGUUGCUUUCAAUAUGCGGAUUUCAACGAGAAUACAACUCUGAGAGAGCAACAGCAAUAUUUUCGUCCACAACCUCAUCCUCUUCACUAUCUCAAAUAAAUUGCUUGCAAAGCAUCAAACUACUACAUUUUUUUAUGAU